CCAGCCCAAACCAGCUGGACCAGCUCUCCCGGUGCCUGACCGCAGCCCCCCCACUCCUGCCAGCCAAGUCACAGCCUCCAUCCAGGGCACCUUCAGGCAGGCAAGCAGGUAGUGAGUCCUGAUCUUGGACAUCUGAGACCAGAACGUGGGCUUCUGGGCAGAGAUGGCCCUGCAGAGCCAGGUGUGGUCUCCGGCCACACCCAUACCCAUGGCCGAGAGCUCCCUCUACCGGCAGCGACUAGAGGUCAUCGCGGAGAAGCGGCGGCUGCAGGAAGAGAUCCGUGCGGCGCGCGGGGAGCUGGAGGAGGAGAAACUCCGCGUGGAGCGGCUCAAGAGGAAGUCUCUUCGGGAGCGGUGGCUAAUGGACGGGGCUGAGGGACCCGAGGGACCGGAGGAAGCCACCUUGCAAGACCCCCAGACCCCCGAGGGCCAAGCGCAGGACCGCAUCCGGAACCUGGAAGACAGCUUGUUCACACUCCAGUCUCAGCUGCAGCUGUUGCAAAGUGCGUCCACAGGUGCCCAGCACAAGCCCUCUGGCAGGCCCAUCUGGCGCCGACAGGGUCCUCGUCCACUCUCCCAGCCCACUGUGGAGGCAGGUACUGAAGGUCAGACUGAUCUGAACAAGAGAGCCUCCUUGCCAGCAGAACCAGUGGGCACAUCCCUGGAGUCCCUGGCUGAGCCCAGAGAUGAGGCUGUUGGGGUUCUGCCAGCCCUGAGGCAGGUCCCUGGGGCAGCAGAGGUCCCCUCAGAAGCCAAUGGCCCCUGCCCCAGACCCAGCCCCCCUCUGGAGCAGGAGCACAAUCAGGGGGUGACAGCAGCGUAUGGGGGUGUGGUACAGGUGGUAUGGGAAGGGCUGAGGGCUACAGAGGACUGUGCCAGGCGGGCCACGGGCCCAGAGCUGGAGGCUAAGGUAGAGGAGAUGGUGCUGGAGGCCAUUGGGGACAGGCUGGAAGCCAGCCGUCCCGAGCUCCCGUCCUGGGUGAAGGAGGACAGGGGUGUGGUGGAGGUGGUCUGGGAAGGGGUGGGAGGCACCGAGGCCAGCGACUCGGAGGCUUCAGGGGAGGCCGGCAGGGGCCCACAGACAGCGCAGACCAGCUCCCCGAGGCUCCAGGAGGGACCAGAGGGAGCAGCGUCUGGAAAAGGGGAAGGGCCCCCCAGGGGCAGCCCUGAUGGCUUCAGGCAGGGGGGCUCUGGAGGAGAGGAGGGAUCCUUUAUUUGGGUGGAGAGAGUGACCCUCAGCGAGGACUGGGAGGAACUGCUGGUCGAAGGGCUGGAAGGGCCGAGGGCACUGGGGAAGGAGGGAGGAGAGGAGAGUCCUCUGGGGCUGGGGAGGUUGGGAGGCGAGGAAACCUGGGACAUGGAGAGGAGACAGGCAGAGGAGUCACUGGGCACCUGGAAGAAAGGAAGUGAGGAAAAGGCAGGGGCAGAGUGGGAAGGAAUAGAGGUGUCGCUGGUGGCGGAGAAGAAAGGAAGGGAGGAGCCCUUGAAGCCAGAGAGGAGAGGAGGGGAGGGGAAGGUGGAGACCGAGAGGGAAGGCAUUGCGGAACCACUGGGAGUAGAAAGCAAGGCAGCUGAGGGGUCACUGAGGCCUGAGGAGGAAGGAGGUGAGGAAACGCUCGGGGCGGAGGAGAAGGGCGUUGAGGAAGCACAGGUUGUAGAGAAGAAGGGGGAUGAAGGAAAGCUAGAGGCGACUGAAGAACCAUUGACGACAGAGAGGACGGAGGGUGAGGGGUCACUAACAGUAGAAAGAACAGGAGGUGAGGAGUCACGGGAUGAAGAGAAAAAAGGAGAUGAGGAAUCACCGAAGGCAGAGAGAACAGGAGGUGAGGAGCCACUGGAGGCAGAGAAGAGCCAAGAGGUCAAGGAAGAUGUGAGUCCAGAGGAGCAGAGAAAGCCUGGAAUUGGAGAAGACUGUCAGGCAGAGGAGGUGAGUGAGGCAGGGGCUGCCCUGGGGGCCAAGGAAGAGCUAAGGCCGGAGGAGGAAGGACCACAGCAGUCCCAGGAGAAACAGGAAGGCCCGCCGGAGGAGGAAGCAGUGAAGCCUCAAACCCCUGCUGAGGGCCAGGACCCCUCAGGGGAUGCCACACCCCUCCUGGCAGAGACCCCAGCUCCCGAGCAGCCCACCGAGCAGCCCACCGAGUGCCAGCCACUGCUUCUGGUGGAGGAGCCGAAGGCCAACCCCAGUGCCCACCCCGUGCCCACCUAUGCACCUGCCCAGCAGCCCGAGCCCUCUGCUCCGCCCGAGGGUGAAGAGGCAAGUGGCCCGAAGCAAAAGACGUGCCAGUGUUGUGCGGUGAUGUGAGUCCAUGCCCUCCACCCCACGCCUCGCUCUUCUCACAGCUACCUCGGCCUCUUGGCAUCCAGCAGAGGGUUUCCCAGGCACAGACAGGGCAUAUGGGACUGGCCAUGGCAUCUGGGAGCCUGCUGGCCCACACCUCCACCUCCACCUGGGCUUCUGGACCCCUUGCCCACACUGCCUGUGACCCUGGCUCCCUUCUCCAACUAAACCUUUAUACUUGAAAAUAAAAUAUUAAAGCAU